GUGCAGCCAGAGAGCAGAAAUGAAGUCCCCGUCCUGCACCGCAGCCUUCCUGGGGAGCUGCAGCCCAGGAGCCUCCCGUCCAGACGGCCCUCUGUGCCCGAUGGCCGAGAGCCCUGAGGAGGGGGAGCCGCUGGCAGUGCCCUGUUCCGCAGGGCUCCUCUGGGUCGCAGCCAGCCAGGGAAGGUGCCCCCAAGCGCCACUGUGAAGGGAGAAGAGGCGAGUCUCCCCCCUGAGAAGACCCAGGUCCCCCGUUGGCUUUGAGACGCGGCUCUCCCACCUCUCUGGACACACACAGGCAGCGCUCAAGCCGGGGGAAGGGUCCGAGCCUCCCCCCAGGUGGUCUCCUGGCUGCCCAAAUCCUAUUUCUGUGCAGAACCCAAGUGGCCUUCAUCCCUCUCCUCCUUUCCCUGCAGAGCUUUGGCCUGGAAACGCAGCUCUUAAAGGGAGCAUCCGGUGCUUCUCCUAGGCGGACGAUCCCCACCACUGGGAGCUUAACAGGAGAGACCUAGAAAAGAAUGGCAUGUGGGGGGGGGGCGAUGGUUACAAGCACGGGAAGAGGGCUUUGAAGCCACAGCCCCGUCUCCUGCCCACAGCUGCUGAAGGAGGAGGGGAAACGCCUUCUGCCAAUUCUCCCUGGCAUUGAAUUCUCUGCAGUUCUGAGUUCUGUGAAUUCUCUAGAUCAGCAUUCAGUAAGUUUAAUAUAAGUGGACCUCCAAUUCCCAGAAUUCCCCAGCCAGCAGGCAUUGAAGUCCACAUAUCUUCAAGUUGACCACAUAUCUUAUGCUGCCAUGGUUCUUGUUGUUGUUGUUGUUGUUAUCCUUUAUGUAUAAUCCAAAGGGAUUGCUAAUCUUCCUUACAUGGGUACCAUUCAAUGUUCAUAUGCAAUUAUACUCAUCAUAACACUUUAUAUACAUUAGUAACAUCAGUUAUUUAAGCUAUAUCUAUUAUCAAUAAAUUUUACUAGGUUUAACUAGU